AUGAAUAACAAGAGCAUACAAUUAAAAUAUCAAGGCAUUAAUUAUCAAGAGACUAACUUAAGUGUUAGUAUUAAACAAUCAAGUGUCAAGUGUUACGGCGCUAUCGAUGAUAGUAGUGAUCGACAAGUAUACUGUCCAGAUGGGGUAGAACAUGGUCAAUUAUUUGCAUUUAAACCAAUUGAUGAAAAGACAGGACGUUUUACAGAUCCACUAGGUCCUAAGACAUCUCGAGCGUUUGAAUUGAGACGUCUGUAUAAACAUGCAACUCUAGGAGAUCAAGAUAAAUGUUACGGCAACAUGGCUGGCGUAUAUAUAAUUCAGUAUGAUAAUAAUGCCUUCAGCAUGGCUGCAUUCGAUCCGUCGGGCUAUAUAAUUAGUACUGCAGCGAAUACUCGAAAUAAAGAUGGGACAUUUAAUCGCGGUACAAGUGUUGGAACGUGGGAGUGUACAAAGCAGUACACAGCGAGUGGUCAAACAAAUUACUUCACAUAUUCUGCUAAUACUCUAACGCAUGGACAGAAAAUCGUUUCUUCGACAUUCUAUAUGCAGUGUGACUCAAGCGACGAAACCUGUUCUGGAGCCCAACAAGAGUUUUACUAUCCACCACAGUAUCAGCUUAUGCCUUUCCACAAAGGCACACUUCUUACUGGUAAUGGAGUACCAGUAAUGUUCAAAGCUAGUCGUCUCUAUAAACUUCCAGGAAUAAAAUCGUGUCAUCACAAAUACAGCGGUGAAUAUGCAAUAACUUUUAAUCGUACCGAUAGUUCAUCACAACCAGUCCUCACUACAGGUUACGCUCUCUAUCCUACUGCAAUUGUAUAUGCUCCCGUUGCUUUUGAAGAUCAGUCUGCUCCUACAGGAAAUAUUCUCGGCGUUUGGGAUUGCAACGACGCGGGUAAAAUAACUGUGCGUCGUGCUAUUUUCGAUUUGGUCACAAAAGAACAACCUAAACCAUUAAUAACACCAGUCAUUAUGAAAUUCCAAUGUGGAAAACAGGCUGGUGAUAAAUGUAUAACUCCACCGACAAUAUUUUACUUUUAUCCUUUAAUUCUGCCAAAGAACGGAACCUUCACCACGACACCGAUGUCAAGAAAGGAAGGAAUUUAUUCAGCAGUAAUAGUAAAGUAUUAG